ACUAGUACUUGUAUAGUAGCUAAGUCUCGAUGCGACUUGCAACGCCCGACAUGUUCGCGCUGUAAUAUCCGCAACAUCCCGUGUGUGUACGUGCGACCGGCUCGAACCACGAUACCUGGGGAACGCGCAUCUACUGCCAACUCCGACCCCGCUACCAUGAAUCAUGAACGGGUCUCGGGGGUUAGUGUAGUCAAUCCCGAGCUCGAGAUCGCUCCAGGGGCAAUCAACGUAGCUGAAAUAGAUGCAUGCUCGUACCUAGACUGCGGGGCCGAUUUUGCGAGUCUCUCCGGCUCCGCCCUCCUCGCAUCUAGCUCAACCGACACUUCGGAUGUAAGGUCAAACUGCGACUCGGGCUUCUCUUCAGCGUAUUCGAUUGGGGGUACUACCAGUACAUAUACCGUUGAUCGUCAUUAUAGUGCUGGGUCAUGUACCGAAGAUCUAGAAGCUCAGCUCAACCUAAACAGUGGCAGUCCUGGGGCUGGGGGUGACAUACCCGCGACCCCAGCAGGUAACUUCGGAUAUUUGCACCUACAACCGAAUGAGGUGCACACGUUCUGUCCAGGGGCUGCGACCAUUGCUACGCCUCCGAUGACUGAAAAUGGCGAAGAGAUAGAGCCGUGGAUCCUCGCCCUAGCUGGAAAAAAUAUAAUGCCAGAUUCGCCAGGGCUUGUUGAACACAGCGCGCAAAGCAUAUUUCGUGCCUUUCGGACCUGGCCGCGUAUGCUGGCGAAAGGCAUCCAACUGCCGCCCAUAAUUCACCCACUACAAUUUUGCAUUAGUGAAGGCGAAGCGGGUGAUGAAAUGAAGAUGCCUAAGCUCAUUGGGAGAUGCGUGACGCUUUGUAAGAUGUGGGUAGGGCAGGCGGAGGAUUCUGGUCAAGUCGUUGAAUCCGCCGUGAGAGGAGAAGUAGAAAAUAUCUUAGCUAAGCAUUACUCCUAUGACGCCCCCACGCUGCUCUCCGCCAUACAGAGUCUUACCAUUCUCUUGGUCCUCUUGAUAUUCCCAUCAAACCGCCAGAGCACGCUAUCUAUCGUACCGGCUCAUAUAUUCGCAGCGGUGCAGGAGGUCGGCAAUCAUGUGCUAUCAACGGGAAUGCUGCUCCAUGAAGAAGCCAACCACGUGCGGCCAACCUGGCGGGUGUGGGCUCAUAUUGAAGCAAAGCGACGCACGCUGAUGUCGAUUUACUUCUUGCAUUGGGCUUACAGCACGUACCACGGGGCGAGGCAUUUCAAUUGUCUCACGCUAGGGCGCGUCCUCGCCCCAGGUCCCAAGUGGCUCUGGCAGUCGACUGACGAGAAGAUGUGGAUGAAACUGUACGUGAGGUGGUUGGCGCAGUGGGACGGCAAGGAGCUGAUUCAGGCCGAAUUCUUUCUUGUUGAGAGGGGCCCGGUCAUGGAAUCUAGGGUCGAGAGGUGGCUCGAGGACGCCGAUGAGUUAGGACUCUUGAUAAUGACGAUGCUGAACGCCUCACAGAGAGAUUUGUCCAAGAUACCUGGUGCGGCGGCCAAUAUUGUUGGGUAGCGCCACUGACCCAGUCAACUUGCUCUAUGGCUCGGGAAAACAUCUCUAGAAUGGCCCAUCGACAUGUUCGGCUCGGCUCGGCUCUUCUCUUAGGAGGACGUGUGGUCUUACUGUCUUAAUUAGCAGAGGAGACAGCCUCCAGGUUGAUCUCGACAGUUCGAUC